GAUUUGCGGCCCAGGAUGCAAGUCGGGUGGAAGCGACAGGUCUCGGCGCAUCUCGACGGGCUCCUGCUCGUUGAAGAUGAUGAGCUCACGCCGACGAUGACGGUCGCGAGCCUCAAGGCGCUGCUCCGCUCCAAGCUCGAGGAGCUGGGUGUCGGCGUGCGCAUCUACUCGAAGCUCAUGUUCCACGACACGACGGACAGCGACGAGAUUGUGCCGCUCAUACCGACGUUGCGCACGGGACAUCUGCGCUGGGUGCUUGGUGUGUUCGACAUGCCCAUGGUCCGCCCUGGCGGGAAAACGGUCCAGAUCUUCAUCGAGACCUUGGCUGGAAAAGUCAUCACGCUCGACAUCACACUCGACUCGCUUGUCGUCGAGGCGAUGCAAGAGAUCUUGCGGAUUGAAGGCAUUCCGAUCGAUCAGCAGCGCUUGAUCUUCGCAGGCAAGCGGCUUGAAGAAGAUCGAGCGAUGAAAGACUAUGGCAUUGCACCGGAAUCCACGCUAGAUAUCGUCCUCCGCCUCCGCGGUGGAGGCUCCGUGGCGUUAUUUGCCGAUGUCUCGGAUGCAAGCACGCUGCAUACGGCGCGCAUCUCGUCGUCUGCGCCAAGUUGGCGCACGAUCAAGCGCGGUCUCAACAUCCACGGCAAGUGCACCAACGAGGCGUGCAAGGCGUACGGCAAGGAAGUGAUUGCUCCUGUCAACUUCAAGGCCUUCAACAUCUUGGCCCAUUCGGCUCUCGCGGUCGUGCGGCUUCUAGAGUGCGAGUGGCGCUUCGAAGGCAUCAAGGCGGGCUCCGACAUGCACAUGGCAUCUGGCUGGAAGUCGCUGCCGACGACCGGCGGGUACCAUGUCUUUGAUGGCGACGACAGCAACAUGGUACUCUGGCGCGCACUCGUGCUCUUGGUCAAGCCGCUACGCGAUGAGCCCAAGUGUGCGCUCUGCAAGGACGCUAUCGGCGAGACGAAGCUCGAGCGCAAGACGACAUGCGGGCACAUGCAUCGCGGCUGCGUCGAUGCGUGGAUCGCCGGCUCGAUGCAGCGCCUCUCGGUCGGGGCCAACUGCCCCGAGUGCCACACGAGCGUCGCUUGAUGCGUCCGACUUGAUACGAAGAUCAUUGCGUGUGAGCAACGAACCAAAAAAUCCAAAAC